AUGUUCGAUCAAACAAAAGAUAUAAAAGAUGUAAAAGAUGUAAAAGAUGUAAAAGAUGUAAAAGAUGUAAAAGAUGUAAAAGAUGUAAAAGAUGUAAAAGAUGUAAAAGAUGUAAAAGAUGUAAAAGAUGUAAAAGAAUCAAGUUCUUAA